AUGGGUGAAAAUAUUGAAUCACCAACAUCAAAUCAAACAUUUUGCCCACCAACUUCUCUUUGUCGAUGUGAUGAUGUUUAUGAGAAGUAUUUCGAAGCUGAAAAGUGAGUUUUUCAAAAAUGUCUGAAUCUGAUUCAUCGUCAAAUUCAGAGAUCUUGAAAAUCGGGUCGAGAUCCAAAUUUGAAAUUCACAGAAUUUCAUCUCAAACAUUUUUCAGACUUGUCAUUGGUAUCUUCGUGAUUCCAAUAAUCAUCUUCGGUAUUUUGGCAAAUAUCACAUCUGUCCGCGUUUUCACCCAUCGAAUUAUGGCAUCUUCAUCAAUCAAUUGGUAUUUGGCAGUUUUGUCAGCUUCUGAUACAGUUAUUCUUGUCUCCUCGUUUUUUGUUCUCACUUUGCCACGUUUUGGUGAAUUUUUCUCGUUUUGGAUUGGUAGUUAUAUCAGUUAUUCGUUGACUCCUUAUAUGUUUCCGAUUAUGACAACAGCACAGACUUGCAGGUUGGUGAGAAGAAAAAUCAAAAAAAAAUUGUGAAUAAUUUCUAAUUUGCAAAGUUUUUUGUGCAAAAAUUUAUAGUAAAAACGUCAAAAAGUUCAGAAAAAAAUUCUAUAAUGUUUUUUUUCCAGUGUUUAUAUGACAGUUGGUGUCUCAAUCCAUCGCUAUAUUGGUGUUUGUCAUCCAUAUAAAUCAGUCGAAUGGUUGCCGAAAAAACGAGUUACUUGGUUUAUCGCCGGACUCAUCGCAUUCUCCAGUAUUUACAAUAUCCCCAAAUUUUUCGAAGUUCGCGUCGCUGAUGUUUGUUAUCGAAAAGCCAUCGAUUAUUAUUUGCCAUUGUUGAGACCAACUGAAAUGAGAAACAGUGAUAUGUAUAUGUAAGUUCCUCUAUCUCCUAAAACUGUUCAAUAGUUCUUGCAGGUUGAUCUACCAGAAUUGGAUUUCGAUAAUUGUGAUGUAUUUUAUACCUUUCGCUUUGCUGAUUGGACUCAAUUCAAGAGUUUUGGGAGCAGUUCGACGAAGUCGAAAAAUGCAUAUGGUUUCGCAGGUGAGAACAAGACGAAAUUGAAAAAUGAAGAGGGAAAAAGGACAGCUGAACUUUUGGAUUUCCGAGAAAAUGUCAUAUGACAGAUGAAAUUUUCAGCUGUUUUUUUGUGUGUUUUUGAUAUUGAAAUUGAAAAUGAAAAUGGAAAAAUGAGAUCAGUUUCGAGACAAAGAUCUUACAAAAGGAAAAUUCGGUACAAAAAAGUAUACUGAAUUCGAGAGGUUCACAAAUUAUCUUUUUCCGAUCAUAAAUUGUUUUGCAGUGUGGCACAGAAGGUGAAGAAUUCUCCAAAAAAGCCGAUCGAAAAGAAAGACAAACUUCAAUUAUGCUCAUUUCAAUUGUUGUCAUUUUCAUCGCUUGCAACACUUUAUCUUUUGUUUGUAACAUUUUGGAAAUCAUGAAAAUCGAAGAUGAACUUCUCGAAUAUAUGGUCCUUGUCAACAAUACUUUGGUAAUAUAUUUUCUUUAGUUUUUUAAAAUUCAAGCCUUAACAAAAGAAUUGCAGGUGAUAAUCAAUGCAUCGAGCAACAUUGCAAUCUACAUGCUGUUUUCUGACAAAUACCGUACUCUUCUUCGUUAUUAUAUAUUCUGCGAUUGGUCUCGACACGGAGAACUUCUUGUUAGUUCGAUUAUCACUUAACUUUUUCAUUUUUCCCUUCUUUUUUUGUUUCAACCGCAUGUUGUUUCAUUUUAAUUUUAACAUUCAUUAGUUUAGACAUUUUGGUUAUCCUACUUUUUCCUAACCGCAAAAAAAGUAUAUUUAUUUUUAGAUCGACAAAAGUCAAGCUUGA